AUGGCUCCUGAUAAACCACCCAUCUUUCGAGCUGUGGCUACGUCUACACGCCCGCUGCACCAGCUUCUUCGGUGCAUCAACUUUGCACCAAAGGUACAUGUCCAAAUCACCGAGGAAGGUAUCCGAUUUGCUGCAGACAACUCUAGAGCCAUGCAAGGGGUCGCGUUUCUCGACAAGGCGCUCUUUUCAGCAUACAGCCUCAAUUUGCCAGUAAAUCACCAUGACGAUGAUGAUGAGCCCCCCGAGCUGCCGAUUUUCCAAAUCUCGCUGCCAUCGUUCCUGGAAGUGCUGCAGAUCUUUGGCGCGGUCGACGUUGCUGCCAAGGCACAAAAGGCGGAGCAAGAUGCCUACCGGAGCAACCUGAGAAACUACAGGCCGGACGCGUUCAGCAACCAGGUUCUGGGGAUAAGCGGAACCUGCACGCUCGUCUACGGCGAGCAGGGCGACGCUUUCAAGGUGACGAUUGAGGAGUCUGGGGUCAAGACCACGGCCGGCCUCACCACGUACGUGCCGGACCUGCCCGAGGACAUCCCGUUCAACAGGGAGGAGCUGGCGUUCAAGGUGAUUAUGCCGUCGCGCUCGCUGCUGGACUCCCUGGCCGAGAUAUCGCCCGCCGCCCCCGACAAGCUGUCCAUUGUCGCGAGCAAAACGAGCCCGUUCCUGACCCUGACGGGCACCGGCCAUCUGGGAAGCUGUGCAGUGGACUUUGCCAGGGGCAGGGAUCUGCUGGAGACUUUUACCAUUGCCGACCGGUGGUGCCAGACGUACAAGUUUGACUUUAUCAGGAACUCGACGGAGGCGAUGCGGGUUGCCAACAAGAUCAGCCUGCGGGGGGACGCGCAGGGCGUCUUGUGCUUGCAGUUCAUGGUGGACAUGGAAGGGGGCAAGCCUAGUUUUCUGGACUUUCGCUUUGUUCCGUGCAUCAUGUCUGAUGACGAAGACUCUGACGACGGCGGCAAUGUUGAUAUGGAUCAAGAGUAG